GUCAACUAUUCCUUGAGAGCUAUAACUGCGCAAGUCCACGAGAACAGCUUGCAAAGCCCCGCAACGGGCGCCAUGCCUUGCCAGACUCCGUCGCUUAAAACAUGUCCUUGAACUUCAGUAGCUAGAAGAUUGUACGUGCUCAACUUGCUUGCACCAGCCAGCUUUUUGUUUAGGCGCGCUGUCGGCCCGUCAGCAGGGCUGACUUUUGGAGCGGGCUCUGUGCUACAAGGAGCAAUCACCUGAGAAUGAGCUCCCCGGAACGGAAUGACACGCUACAAGUAGAUACACUAGACACCAGAGCCGCUCGCAAACGCCUGGUCACCAAGGCCAAGGAGAAUGCGACAUACGAGGACGACAAGCUGCAGAGUGAUGGGUUGGAUGUUGGCACAAGCUAUAACAAGGUGGCAGCGUACCGGGGCAUCGGUCUGGGCCUAUACUACAAGCUCCUGCCCUGGCUGAUUUGGAUGAUGCUCUGGAUGUUCCUGUGCUCGAUCCCGUAUCUAAUCGUCAUAAAUACCUCGGUGUUCACGGACGAGGCGCACAAGGACGACAACAACUUCGGCGUCAAAAUGUACGACAGCUUUGAGCUGGCUUCCUUCACCUUCGCGGCCAUCGUCGAUGACGAAACGGAUGGCGGGCUUCUGAAGUACAUGAACACCAACAUUGCGGACACAUGGAAGGGGCCCAUGUCAAAGGGCGCAUUCCUUACCUGGAUUUCUCUGGUCGACGCGGGCGCCACCGUGGUGCUGACCGGCGUCGUCGUGUGGCUCUUCUUCAACGUGGACCGCUGGCUGGAGCAGGCGGACGACCGCACUCGCGAGGUGGCGGACUACUCGGUCAUUGUGGGCGGGCUGCCACCCGGCGUCACCGCCACCGAGAUCGGCGACUAUUUUCAGCAGCACUUUGGGGAAGACACCGUCCGCGACAAGGUGAUGGACGUGGUGCUGGUGAAGAACCUGGGCGUCAUCCUGCAAGCCUGCAAGAAGGUGCACAAGUACGAGGAGCUCAAGGAGUUCAUCGACAACAUCAAGGUGGCGGCGCAGGAGCGGGCAGCGUUCGCGGCGCAGUCGGCCAAGAAGCUGGCGGGCAAGGCGGUUGAGUCGGCCGCCGCUGCCGCGGCCGCCGGGACAAGCCCCGAGGAUAUUGAGGACGGAGAGCGCAAUACAGCCAACAAACUGUCGCGCAAGAUGUCCAAGAAGAUGUCCAAAACUGAGUCCAAGAUCCAGAACCAGCGCUCGCUCAUCAACAACCGCAUCCAGUCGGGCAAAAUGUCGACCAAGGCGGCGUUUGUGACGUUUAACACGGAGAAGAUGCGCAUCAAUGCGUGCAAGUCGCUGCCCAGCGGCUGGUGGAGCUCCUGGUUCAUCCGCAAGCAGUACCGCUUCCCGCAUGGCGGCCGGUCCUGGCGCAUCUGGGUGGAGCAGGCGGCCAGCCCCGACGACUACCGCUUCGAAAACCUGAGCGUGCGGCCACGGAUCAACAUGCUCAUCCAGCUGCUGACCGCCUUCGUGAUGUUGGUGUUCAUCAUCAUCUGCGCCGCCUUCAUCACCUGGCUCACCGACAAGUCCAACACCGAGUCGCGCAACCUGCUGUGGGACGACCAAAAGAUCGUGGCGCCGCUCAGCACCUACUACAACAGCACCUACGUCCGCAACAUCGUCUCUGCCGGCCGGCGCAUGCUCGGAUCCGUCGACCUGAGCAAGUACCCUAACCUCAAGGGCAUGUGCGAGGACACGUCGCUGUACGCCAACUGCUCCGCCAUCGUGAACAGCAAUGUCAACCGUGACCUUACAAGCGCACAAUUCCAUAUGGCCUUCAAGAGCGAGUGGACUUUCGGAAACGCCAACUCCACCACGAAGGCGGACAUCGCAAACUCCAAGAUCACCCGCCUACUGUUCGAGCGGCCCGUGCGCAAAUACCUGUCGGAGUGCUCAGAGACGCCCAACGCCACCACCUGCUACAUUGGCGCAAACCUGGUGGACGUGUCGGGCUGCCUGCCGUGCUACUGCUACGGGCUGAGCUUGCUGAACACCCAGGCCGCCACCACUGACUUCAUCAACCACGUCAGCGACACGUGCAAGCAGUACUGGCAGCCCUUUGACCUGCAGCGCGACGGCAUCAAGGUUGCCAUCUCUUUCGUGAUCGCCAUCAUCAACUCCAUCUUGGUGACCACGCUGCGCAUUUCUAAGUUCUACAUUGAACGCCACUGGACCGUCACCCGCACGGAGCUCAGUUUUGCGGUCUGGACGUACAUCGUCAAGAUGAUCAACUCAGUGGCGGUGCUUCUCAUUGUCAACUGCUCCACACUGUCCAAGCUCCAGUCCGAGGCCAUCACAUCCAAAGCCUCCGGGAGCAACAAGUGGCUGAGCAAUCUCAUCUUGAACGGCAGCUACAGCGACUUCACGCCCGAGUGGUACGAAUCCGUCGGCUUCAGCAUCCUCAUCCUGAUGAUGAUCAACGUCACAUCGCCGUUCGUCCGCACCAUCGUGGAGUACUCCAUCAAGUUCGCUAUGCGCGUCCAGCUGCUGUUCUGCCACUGCGGCAGCCUGUCCGCGCCCGAGGGCUACAACAUCGCCUGGCGCACGCCGCAGUUCACGCUGGAGCAACGCACUGCCGACAUCUUGUUCAACCUGACCCUGGCGCUCAUGUUCGGAAGCGGCAUGCCGCUGUGCUACCUCAUCUGCGCCGUCUACCUGUUCACCACCUUCUGGUGGGACCGCCUGAGCCUGCUCUCACUGCACCAGCCGACGCAGCGCUACAGCCGAGUGCUGCCGUACGUCAUCAUGUUCUUCCUGCCUGUGCUGCUGGUGCUGCACUGCGCGUUCGGGCUGUGGCAGCACACCUACUUCAAGGCGGAGCUCAACACCAUGGACCUGGUGGGGGCGGCCAGCUCCGCCGUCGGCAACGCGGGCAUCAACGACCUAACGCACUCGGGCGUGGGCGCGCGCAUCACGCAGCCCAACGGCCUCGCGCUGCUCAUUUGGUUCAUCGCGCUCGCGGCCUGGCUACUGCUCGGCAGGUGGGUGAUCUGGGGCACGCUCAAGCUGCUGGGCAACGGAUGCGUCCGACUGGCCAACUGCCUGCGGAUCUUCUCCAAGGGCGAUGGCGGCGCCGCCACGACGUACGAGGAGGCGCUGAACGCCACCCGCGUGGUGGACCAGCUGCGCGGCGCCGCCACCUACCGCAUCCACCACCUGGCCGGAUACAAGGAGUACCUGUCCGGCGAUGCCGGCAAGCUGUGGCGCGCGGCGCAGGGCGAGGGGCGCUACACGCGCCUGACCACCUUCCGCUGCCACGUGACGGUGCAGGUGCCCAACGAGGACGGCGUGUACGUGCUCAAGGAGCAAGAGGUGGUGAUGUUUGACGUGUCUAGGGAUGUGAUUAAGGCCGUACCCAAGAUCAACCUGGACACGCCGGUCGAGACGGGACUGCCCUCCGCCGCGCUCCAGGCCACCGUCAUCAAGCAGCUGGAGAGCCUGGCUGCUCAGGGAACGGUUGUCAAGAGCCUGUCGCUGCGCCCCUCUCAAGUUACCGGCCUGGUGCUGCCCAGCAACGCCCAGGUGUACGACAUGGUGCGAGACGGCGAGGUGCUGCCAACCGCCGUGGCGAUGGCCGCGGCCGCGCCGCUCGGCAACCUGGAGACCGUGCCCGAGCACGGACCCGCCGCAACCACCUCGGCACCUGCCGGCGACCCGCACUUUGCUGCGUACGCAGCGGCCACUGGCGUGCCGACCGCGGUCUCGGCGCCCAUGCCCGUGACGGUCACACAGGCGGCCGGGUCGGCCGCCACUGCGGCGGUGGGCGCGACGGCCGUGGCUGCAAGCACUGCGACUGCGGCAGGCGUUACAGCGGCAACCGUGGGCACGGCGGCGGUGGCCGCGGGCACGGCGGGCGUGGCGGUGGCGAUGGCGGGCAAGGACGAGAAGAGGCACAGCGAAAACGGAAAGGCUCUGGACGCGGAUGACGUGAAGCUGUCGGUGGGGUCUGAGGUAGCAGCGGCGGCAGAACCGCAUCUGUAUCCGGUCGUGCCGGCUGGCAACCAGCUUGCCAUCACAGGCUCGCUGCAGGCGCCGGUCGCACCGCACGAGAGCGCGGCCUACCCGGGCGUGGCGGCGGUGGGGCAGCAGCAGGCGGGCGCGACGCUACCGUACCCCACCUCUCCGUACCCGGCGGCGGCGGUGUCCGCACCGUCGGCGCCGUACAUGCCGCCGUACGCGCCGGAUGCGGCGGCGCCGUCAGCCCUGUACCCGCAGGUGCAGGCUUGGGGCGGGGCAGAGGCGGCGGCUGCGGCAGCUGCGGGGCCGGGUGCGUACCCGCCCAUCAGCGCGGGCGCGUCGGCGGCAAUGAUGGCGGCUGAGGAGGCGCGCAAGCAGUCGCAGGGCCAGUAAGGAGUGAUGGGUCAGUGGGGCUGCUGGCAUUCAUGCUGGCUAGUCGUGAGGCAAGCUAGGUAGGCGGCACUCGCGCGAUUGGCCUCAAAAGAGGACGUAGAUGUAUGACUGACGUGCAGUCCAGGGCAUUAAUGGGGGACAUCGAUAUAGAGAGUAGGCAUCACUGGGCGCGCGCUUCAUUGAUAUAAGGUACGAGGUAGCUUGGCUGGCUUAGGGUAGGACGGUCUGUUCUUGUCACCACACAUUCUUAGGUGGACUGGACUUGGCAUUCAGCAGCUCAUGUGGGGGCUAAUAUAUGCGCGGAACGGUUUGCUUCAGGGGGUGGGCUUUUAAUCUGCCUCUCUCUGCCGGGAAGGGAUCCCGGCCUGUGCUGGUGUGGCUUUGUGUCCCGUGGUCUCUAGUGUGCAUGUCGAAGCUUGUCAGUGGCUCAGUGCAUGCGGCUGGCAUGCGCUGUGUGAGGGAUGACUCAUGCUACUACCUCCACGGAUGGUGGCAGCGGACUGCUGCUGUGUGGCUUGCGGGAGAUCCAAAAAAAGAUUCGAAGGCUGUGUGCGGAGAUGACAGUGCAGAGAUGACAGCUUCUAUAACGUUCAGUGGCUA